AUGCACCGGAGCCAUGAGGGCGGGCAGCCCCGGGGCCCGGGCCGCCGCGUCCCGGCCGGCGCCGAGGCGGGCAAGGCGGUUUAUAUAGGGUGCCCCGCGCUCGCCCGGCGCAUGGAGCCGCAGCCUCCCUCUCCCGCUCUCUCCCGCAAGGUGAUGCCGCCGGAGCCGCUGCCCAAGGGGAGCGCCCGCUGCCUCGACCCCCACGCCCGCGCCAUGUCGCAGCCCGAUGGGGAGCCGCUGCCCGGCGCUCUGGAGAAGGAGGACGCCCGCUCGGCGCCCAGCACGCCCUCCACGCCGUCCGUCUGCUCCCCGCCAUCCUCCUCUUCCUCCACGCCAUCGGCCGGCAAGAACGUCUGCUCCAGCUGCGGGCUGGAGAUCCUCGACCGGUACCUGCUCAAGGUGAACAACCUCAUCUGGCACGUCCGCUGCCUGGAGUGCUCCGUGUGCCGCACCUCGCUGCGGCAGCAGCACAGCUGCUACAUCAAGAACAAGGAGAUAUUCUGCAAGAUGGACUACUUCAGCCGGUUUGGUACAAAGUGCGCCCGCUGCGGCAGGCAGAUCUACGCCAGCGACUGGGUGCGGCGAGCGCGGGGCAACGCCUACCACCUCGCCUGCUUCGCCUGCUUCUCCUGCAAGCGGCAGCUCUCCACCGGCGAGGAGUUCGGUUUGGUGGAGGAGAAGGUGCUGUGCCGGAUUCACUACGACACCAUGAUAGAGAACCUCAAGCGAGCGGCGGAAAACGGCAAUGGGAUCACGCUGGAGGGGGCUGUGCCCUCGGAGCAGGACAGCCAGCCGAAGCCGGCCAAGAGGGCCCGCACCUCCUUCACCGCCGAGCAGCUGCAGGUUAUGCAGGCACAGUUUGCUCAGGACAACAACCCCGACGCACAAACGCUUCAGAAGCUGGCGGACAUGACGGGGCUGAGUCGGAGAGUCAUUCAGGUUUGGUUUCAAAACUGCAGAGCCCGCCAUAAAAAACACACCCCGCAGCACACGGUGCCACCCUCGGGAGCCCCCCCAUCCCGCAUCCCUUCCUCGCUCUCUGAUGACAUUCACUACUCGCCCUUCAGCAGCCCGGAGCGGGCCCGGAUGGUGACGCUGCACGGAUACAUAGAAAGUCAGGUACAGUGUGGACAAGUGCACUGUAGACUUCCCUACACUGCUCCACCAGUGCACCUCAAAGCAGACAUGGAAGGACCACUAUCUAAUAGGGGUGAGAAGGUCAUCCUCUUUCAGUACUGACUGCGCGAACUCUUCCUCAUCUGCCCAUGGCGCUACCAGCACCACUGCCCCUCAGCCGCUGAAACACAGCGUCCAGCCCAAGGCAACUGUUAUCAGUCAUGCAGGAGAAACUCAGAUCCAGCAUUCUCAGUUAUUUCCAUUGACCAGC